AUGUUAUCCUAUUUACAACCUCAACUAGGACCUGAAUCGAUGCUUGCCAUCUGUUCAACAUCUUCGGAUGAAGGAAAUAAAUCAAUAUAUCCAAAUGAAGAUGAUACUGAUGGAAUUUUCAAUCCUACAUCUACAGCAAUAGUAACAGCUUCUUCAUCUUCACGUAUUUCAUAUUCUCAUCCACAUCAUCAUCCUCAUCAUCAUCGAUCACCAGUACCAUUCGUUUAUGGACAUACAACAACACCACCAGCAUAUGGAUUUGGUUUUGGUUUAUAUGAAGAUAUGUCUUCGUUUACUGAUACAAGUCGAACACCAUAUACAUUUAUUCAUACAACAAAACGUGCUGAUCCAAAUAUAGAUGUUAAACUUGAAAAUCUUGAUCUAUGGAAACGUUUUGCUGCACUUAAUUUAGAAAUGAUUAUAACAAAAAAUGGACGGCGUAUGUUUCCAACCUAUAAAGUUUCAUUAUCUGGACUUGAUCCAGCAAGCAAAUAUAUAAUCUAUAUGGAUGUUGUACCAGUUGAUAAUCAUCGAUAUAAACAUCAUAAUUCUCAAUGGAUGAUUACUGGUGCAGCUGAGCCACAUAUGCCAGGACGAUUUUAUCCUCAUCCGGAUAGUAAUUCAACAGGAGCACAAUUAAUGAAACAACCAUUAUCAUUCGGUAAACUUAAAUUAACCAAUAAUACAGCUGAUCAAAAUGGACAUAUUGUAUUAAAUUCUAUGCAUAAAUAUCUACCUCGUCUUCAUAUAAUUCAAGCAAUGAAUUCAUCAAAUAAUGAUAUAAAAUUAUCUAUGGCACCAUUUGAUAAUGUCAAUGUAUUCGUUUUUCCAGAGACUCAAUUUAUUGCCGUAACUGCUUAUCAAAACGAACACGUCACUCGAUUAAAAAUCGAUAAUAAUCCAUUUGCAAAAGGUUUUCGUGAAAAUAAUGGACAUGCAAGUCGAAAAGAUACAAAAUCAGUCAAACGACAUAUUGAAAAUGGUUAUGAACGAAGACUUAAAUGUGAUGAUCUAUAUACAACACCAGAAUCAUCAAAACGACGUAAAUCAAGUUCUGGAGAAGAAGAUCAAACACCUCCAUCACGUGUUGUACCUACAAGUAGUACAGUUGAUGUUCCUGAUUCAACGACUCCAUUUACAGAUUCCUAUGAACAUCAAUUUCAUUCUUCUCAAACACAUUUCUAUGAUCCAAAUUUAUAUGCAUCGCCCUAUUCUCGAUUUACUCCAACAUAUCCAUUUACUUAUUCACCAAUGGGACCAACUUCUUCAACCAAUCCAUUCACAUUAGCAGCAGCUGCUGCAAGUCGUUAUUCAUCACCUUACACAUUUCCGUCACCAUACUACCAACAUUCAACUUCAUAA